AGGAGUCUCGCCACUCCUGGCAACUCAGUUGAGCGGUGAGUCAUCUGGCAGCGCCGCUGAAACAGACGCACUUGUUGAGUCGCGCCCGGUGUAUCUAUCGGCUCCUGAGAGAGAGAGAGAGAGAGAGAGAGAGAGCAACCCUUCAUCCUCUAAAUCAAAACCAAACAAAAUAUGCAUUAAGGAUAUUUGAGUAAAUCUCCAGUCAGAAUUAAUCGACAUUUUAUCGCCCGUUGCUGCGUUGCCAGGACGAGUGUUUUUGAUGUCUACACACCGUCUCCCUCUGUGGCCAUAUUUACACGCUCUAAUGGGCUAUGUGGUCAUCCUACUGACUUCCCUGCCACAAUUCAGCAAAGGUCAGAACUGUUCCCACCCGCUUAUCCCUGAGCAUGGUGGCUUCUACUGUAAGCCUUCUCCAUGUCGGGGUUUCCCUCCAAAGAGUCGUAUCUACUUCUUCUGUGAAUCGGGAUAUGUCCUACCAUCCCGUAUCCACCACUCCAACUGCCGCAAAGGCCAGUGGGAACCCAGUAUCCCAAAGUGCAUGCUUAACACAGCUGGACAUGCAAAACAUGACGACAGAGUGACAGAUUCAGUCCCGAGUGUUGCUACAACUGCUGUAGGUAUUUCGAUCUUUCUUCUCACCACCACAGCCUGCAUGGUUAUCAAGUCCCGACUCUACCCUUGUCACUCUCAAAGGCGAUCGUCCGAUCAGUUGGACUUGAUGGUGGACGGCUUGCCCGUGCCUCUGCCCACCUAUGAGGAGGCGGUGUACGGAAGUUGGGGUCAGCGCAUCCCACCUUUACAUGGACCCACUCAGCUCUUGCUGGCCUCAUCAGAGAACAGCCCAUUAUCAUCGCUCAUCCAGUCAGGUUCCAAUAACUGCACAGACACUUCAAAUCAGAGCACAGAGGAGCCGCCACCUUACGAGGAGACACACCUACGUUCUAUGGAUGGAGGAAAUGAAGGAGAAGCGCGGGCCUCGCACAUUGCACUUUCUGUGGAAAAGGACAACUAACUGCUGGGUGUGUGAGCUCACCUUCAGCUUAUUGAUUGUUAGUUCUCUUGCCAUCGCUUCAUGCCUAACAGUGCAGUUUAUAGUCUGCUUCAGAGGUUUUUAAUGAAACAUAAUUUUGGUCUUUAUUUCAUAUGAAUGACACCAGGGGGAGUUUGGGUUGGUAGAUGUUUAGCAAGUGAGUGACAGUGUGUGAUGUGCAUGGUGAUUUUGAUUGUGUUAAUGUUUUCAGUGGUGCUGGAGACAUGUUUAUCGUUGCCCUCAGUGAGGGGACUAGACCACAAUGGUCUUGUGGACUGGAAUAGCACAGACUUCACCUUGGAGGACUGUGGCUUCUUCGUGGUCAGUAUGGAGGAAAUAAAUUAAUAUGACUCCAGCAGAACUGUGGGACUGAUGGUGUCACCUGAACAUAUGCCAAAAGUACAGAUUAUUUUAAAGAAAAGGGCUUACCUUGAUGCUAAGGUUGGAAAUUGGCUCAUUUCUCCCCAGUUUUUGUUUUUUUUAUUUCAUGUUUGCAUUCACGUUUAAUAAUGAUUGCUGCUGAAAGCUCUCAUUUAUCAGCUGGAUUAUAGGGUAUAUAAGACCCCUUGCACUGAGGUUCUCUUAUUUACAUAUUACUUACUUAUUAUUUUCUGCAUUAGUAAACAUGAUGAACCAUGAAUUUCAACAUUAGUAGACCACAUGUUAACAAUUUGAUAAAGGAAGUUAACAAAAGAAAUGACUUGUGAGUUCACCUGUAAAUAUGGCAACUUACUUUCUGGUUAACAGCCACAACCACGUUCAAGAUGUUUGUUCAUAUUACCUAUUGUGGAUUUAUUUUGACCUUUCAGUGAUAGAACUAUUUGGAUUAUUAUUUAUAAACAUCACUUUGUUUGUAUUAAUGCUGAAGUUCAUGGUUUGUUCACAUAUCACUAAUGAGUAAAAAUAAUGCUAUUUAUGGGAACCUUAGUGUAUAAUAUACAAAUGCAUAAAGUUACAACCUGAAGCCUUGCUAUCUGUUCUCUGAUGCUGGGUAAUAGAAGAUGGUGUGUUUUUGAGAGCAUGUGCACAUUUGCGUUUUUUCUUUAACUACAAAGUAAAAAAUGUAAUCUAUAAUGUUGUUAUAAUAUUUUUUUACAUUUGUAUAUAGCACUUAGAUAUAACAUCAAAUAUAUAUAUAUAUA